AUGGACAAACUACAAACCUUGGUGGUUGAACCACUUCAACCUAUCCUCAAACCCAUCAGUGACGCCCUGCCUGAACCCGUGCACGAUGCCAUCAUCUCCCUUAUUGGCGCGCCCUGCCACAGCGCUCUGUUGCUCGAUCUCGAUGUCAGCAAAGAUCCCAAAUGUACCUCCCUCGCCAUCUCUAAGGCUUUGGGUCUCGCAAUCGUCGGCGCCAGCGCAAUCGUCAAGGUGCCCCAGAUCCUCAAACUCGUGAACUCGCGUUCCUCAGCUGGUGUAUCCUUCAUGUCCUACGCCAUGGAAACCGCUAGUCUAUUGAUUACGCUCUCAUACAACGUUCGCCAACAGUUCCCCUUUAGCACCUAUGGCGAGAGCGCCUUGAUUGCAGUGCAGGAUGUGGUUAUUGGUGUUUUGGUCCUGUCGUUUGCUGGAAAACCUGCUGGUGCUGCUGCGUUUGUUGCGGUGGUUGCGGCUAGUAUCUAUGCGCUUUUGUUCGAUGCGACCCUCGUUGAUGCACAUACGCUUUCGCUCUUGCAGGCUGGUGCCGGUGUUUUGGGAGUUGCUAGCAAGCUUCCUCAGAUCUUUACAAUUUACCAGGAGGGUACCACUGGCCAGCUCAGCGCAUUCGCGGUCUUCAACUACCUCCUCGGUACCUUGUCUCGAAUUUUCACCACUCUCCAAGAAGUUGACGACAAACUCAUCUUGUACAGCAUCGUGGCUGCGUUCGUCCUCAACGCCGUCCUUGCAAUGCAGAUGGUGUACUACUGGAACAGCCCAGCAAAGAAGACUACCGUUCCGGCAAAGGAGAACAAAAAGGCAAUCGCCAACUCUCCUGCUGCUGCUCGAGCCUCUGGUGCUUCGCCCAAAUCAGCAGGGAAGACCCCUACUACUCGUCGACGAGGUUAA